GAGCAGAACACGCAAAGGUGAAUUUGAACUAUAGUACCUAAUUAUUACGAUUCCUGAUGUACAACGUUACUAUCGUUAGGGCAGCUACUAGUCGGUCGGUCAGAUGGCGGAGCAGUCUUUCCUAGGUACGAUGAUUCAACAUGUCGAGGGGGAGUUGAGAGGAGCAAAUAAGCCAGUACGACUAGGCUCUAGAGGGGGCCCUGAUUGUUGUAAGGAAAUCUGUAUGCCGUGGACCUGGAUACGUUGCUAUAAACCCACUGACUUCGAGGAGAGGCUGCCUAGGAGAGUGUGUACCCAUAAAGGGAAAGGAGGCGGCACGAAAGAAAUAAAAUAUUCGCUGUAAGGAGUUGUGACAGAGGGGAUAUGUGUCACACUCUACUUUUUCCGCCCAGAUCUCGAUCACCUUUACUUCAUCCACCAUGAAGCCGGCAGUGCUAUUCUCAAUUUCUUAUACAUAUGUACCUCCACAUAACUCCACCCAACUUUGUCUCCCUGAUUUGUGAUUGUCAUUGCCUUCAGCAAGAGGUCAUACAUUACCGCCGAUACCCUCUCCCCACGACUAACGAGCAUUGCACCGUUAGCCGACACCAGGGUCGACUCUUGCAUCGACGAGCGUAGCGUACUUCAACUCGACGUUUGAAGCCCGUGUUGUAGCUGGUGUCCUACGAACACAGCGCUGAUACGCAGAUGUCGCAUUCAGCUCCUAACUCUGCGAGGAAAUCAAUUUCUUCCCAACUGCAGUCUCCCUCUUCGAACGAGGUUUCGACUUUCGAACAGGAGAAAUUAUUCGAUUCCGCUCGAAUUCCCUCCAUGAAUCCAGAAUUAAAGUCACCUCUUAAGUUUCGAGGGAAAUCUCCGAGAAUUCUGAAACCUUCCGAUGGGGCCGCUGGACAAGUGUUGGCGGCUGGCGAAUCUUCUUCAUCUUCCGAGGCCCAAAACCCUUCUCCUUCUAUUCGGGUUUCUACUCCGCCUCCCACUGCUUCAACAGAAUCGCUUCGUUCAUUAGCUGGCCUCAAAGCAUCGCAGAAUCUGCGACCGACGCGGUGUAACUCUGUCCGCUCGAAGCGUUCAUCAUCAACAUCAUCUCAUAACCGUUCUCCUGUCCGAAGUAUCCGCAGUAAGAAGGAUGACUCGUCGGUCGCACCAUCCCGUGCCCCAUCUGUUCAUAGCACCGCCGACGAAGAGGAAUAUUGCAACGAUCUCCUCUCCAAUGUUCUGAACGAGAGUAAAUGCCUGGUCGUAAUGAUGAAGAUUUUAGAAUGGCCCGAAUUCUUGUCGCUGAGCCAGACUUGUAGAGGAACGAGAAGGGCUGUGUUGGAUGGAUAUGAGAGAAGUAAAGAGGAAGGGCGGGGAGUUUUGGGAGCUGGUAGAGAUGCUCUGAAACGAAACGGCUCUCACUCGUCUCUAUCGAAUCAACGAAAUGCUGGCCAGGUAUUGACCUCUGCUCCAGUAAAGGAGGAAGUCCCGGUUGCUUACGUCGAAGGAUAUCGUGUCAGGCGAAUCGACUCUCACUCAUCUCUAUCGAGUCAACGAAGCAUUGACCUGAUGUCUGCUCCAGUAAAGGAGGAAGUUUUGGCUGCUUACGUCGCAGGAUAUCGUUACCUUGCCGGCAGAAUAGCACGCGUCAUUUCGCGUCGUAAUGCUCGUGAAGCUACGGCGUCAAGGUUACGGUCUUCGAGGACCGUCGUUCCUAACGGAAGACAGUCAGAAUCGAUGCCUCAUAGCAGAGGAUCCAGGGUUGUUGUAACCAAAUCCCAGAAGCCGGUGGAGGAGGUUAAUAGGAUCAAGGUCACCUUGGAGGAUCUACAAUUGUUGUACCUCUCCUCUCUAACACCAUUACAUGUUUAUCCCACACAUGCGCUCGCUUCCUUGUCUAGCUCCUCUCAGUCUCGUCCCGCUCUGUCUCGUCGGCAUUCCGCCUCCUCAAUCGCGACGCAGAUGAGAUCCGUCGAGAUAGCUCGCAACCUCCAGGAAUUGACAUUAGCUCAUUCAAAGUUUGUGAUAUUGCUGAGGAAUAUGGCGGAUCAGUUGGAAGCGUUGCGGUUGUCAGAAUCUAAACGUAGCUCGCUUCCAAAUCGUAGUCCUGGCACUUCACCUACGGAGUUAGAAAUAGGUUUGGAACGGGAGGAGGAAGAAGACUUAUUCGAUGUUCACAUAUUCAUAGGAGGUACUUCCAGUAGCUCCUUAUCUCGAUCCCGUCGCGGUGGACUUCGAGAGCUGGUGUUCCCAGCUCCUUUGGCUAGUAAUAAUAGCUCUCCGCAGGUUACGCGUAAAUCCGCGUUUCAAAGCUCAGAAAUACGGAAUUUCAUCGAGCAUGGGCAAUUUACAUCUGGGCCUAAAGUCAACCCGAGAUCGACGUCCUUGAUAUCCAGUCACGUUCGUGCUUCGACAACUCCAACAUCAGCGAUCUCUAGGUCCAUGUCGUCCUUCUCACUCACGUCCUUGAAUUCUCAAACCAAAGCUCGCUCUUCGCUCAACAGUGCUUCAUCGUCUCCAACCAAGCGUCUCUCCUUUACAAGAAACAAAUUAUCGGUGGCGCCGCCGUUGCCUAGUGAGCCAAAGACUUUAACAGCCUAUUCAACCAGUUGGCGGCGUUCUUUACGCUUUGCGAGCGAGAGCCAUCGUAAAAGGAUCAAUAGAAGGAGCACCUUGGACCAUAGCAGCCGAAGCGCAGAUGAGUUCGAGAGACCCUUUUCUGACAAGCAUUGGAUUCCGGAGCGACCAGAUAAGCAGUUCACCGAUUCACCUCCACAUCAAUCUGCUCUCCUCCCUGCCUCUUCCAGCGGGAGUGAUUUAUCGAAUACAAGCAGUACGAGUACUUCCAGGAGGAACAGCCAAGACCUGAGCAGUGGGAAUUCUAGCCCCAGUUCUGACAGGGAAGAGAAAAGGGAAAGCAGUAGAGGCCGAGAGAUUCAACUUAUUAGUAAAAGUAGCUCUGUCCAGUUCGACGAAAAAGCGAUCAGAAGGAUGAGUGCACUCGAGAAGCUAAACGGUGAACAACCGAGAUUAAGAACUCCCCCGAGCACUGGACGAAAAACUUCCCUUUUACUUCGGAAUCGCUCGCGUGUAACAACCUCGACCCAUCCUUCUUCCCAGGCCACCUCGCCUCACGAUCUCGUGCUCGCAACUUCAACGUUGAGGGCUCCCAUACUGCGCGUUUUCGUUCCUUGCGCUGAAUUGUCGAGCUCCGAAUCCAUUAAUGAAAAUGGACAAGGUGAUUAUUUUUCGCAGCGAAACCAUGGUUCAAGAGCGGGUGGCCUGGGUGCAGCCCCUUACGCAGGCGACUCCGGACCCGCUGAUUCGAUUCAGAGGAUAGAAGCUGAGCUGACCAGGGCAGGUAUAUGGAAGUGGAUGCGAGGAGGAGAAGUCGUGGUGAAUUUCGGCUAUAUGCCUGGAGCUGCUACAACUAGGAUCUCGAGGGCUGUCAACUUAGCCGCGCGAAGUCAGACUUUGUCGCCUUCAAGGGAGAGCCAGAUAUUUGCGAACUUCACUCCUUCUCCAAGCUCCGGACCUGGUGCCGGUGGUAAUGGAAAGGCUGCCUUGAGGCUUUCGAGCCGCUUUGCCAGUGGAUCAGAGCCACCUUCGAGACCUCCAAGUGCUUACCGACCACCAUCCUCAACCUCUUACGCGACUCCAGGCCCGUCGCGCCGUUCGUCUGCUACAAACAUUGCUAACUUAGCGAAUGGCGCGCCUCCCAAUGCUUACUCAAGACCGGGUACCGCAAAUGGAAACCCUUCAACACAGAACGCAUACGAUUCAGUCGCCACCUCCUCAACCGGUCCUACAAGGCAAAAGUGGCUCAUUUUCAACGGAACUUGUUUGGUUCCCUACUCUCCUUCUACAUCUGAAGAGGCCUUGGUUAAUGAAUCGGAAGAUUCCUGGAAGAUCACAAAAACGGACGAGUCCUUCCUUCCUUUAGACGAUCCCCUAUCACUUCCGUCCCCAUUCUACUACGACCAUAUUCUGGGCGCUGAGGGGAAGUUGAAGGUCAGGAUCGAUAGCGGGAGUUUUCCAAAAAUUUCCAGUUCGGGGCCCGAGUCGAACAAAUCCCACGUUCGUUCCAAAUCAGACCCCUUCUCUGCUGCUGAAGAAUUCGGCUCUUACUUCCACGAAGAAUUUUCGAGUACUGGGCAUAGUAGCUCUCCAGAGGACCCGCCAGAGGCAGGCUUCUCAAUGUCUCUGCAAACUUUCCCAACCUUGUUACGGAGUCCGGGCUCUUCAGGUCUGCAAGGAGGGUGGGUAACAGUGAGAAGGUGGAGAUGGGUCGCGAAGGCUCUGAUACCCCCCGCCACCGAUGAGGAAACACCAACGCCUUCACAAGAUACGUCAAAGGCAGCGCCGCCUACGUCUUUUAGGCUUGCCACGAAUGCCAACGGAUCGAGUGCCGGCGGGUACGGAAAGGACAAAGGAAGUUCUUCGAAGAAGGCCAUCGGGCGAGGUUGGCUCGAUCAGACGUGGGUCCUCGAGGGUGAGGGCACUAAAGAAGGCAAGGAGACUUUGAUUUCAUGUUUGAAGACUUCUCCAAAUAUGGCCUCUUCAAAGAUGGAGUGGGAAAUCGUUCGCGAGAGGACUAACAGAGCUGAAGGAGGCAAGGGGACGGUGUGGUUUAGGCUGCUUACACCUUCCGUUCCCCUCACUUCGCUUAAGGGGAUGGAGACGAUUUAACGGUGGGAAACUUGCCCACAUGUUAACAAUUUUGCAGGACGAUAAAGCCAACCUAUUGUUCUUCUGGUCUGAAACGCCUCUAUACCCUAGUCAAUCUAGGACCUGGCACACUCGUUUUUUUUCUUCUUUUCCCUUAGAUAUCCACUCUACGGGACGUUUUGUUUCUCCUCAAGAAUAUGCAUAACUCUAAAUUGAUUGCUGUAGUAUACGGUGGAUCCUUGCAGUGUUUAGAAUUGUCACAGCCGGAACAACCUAAAUAAUGUUUACUCUAGUCUCACUCCUUUAUCUUUUCUGCCACAUAUAUGUAGACAUCUCACAAUAUCUUCCCACCAAUCAGUAGUUUACUCAAAUAAUUCGAUUGUCAAUAAAUUUGAUAUCCAUGCCC